CAUUUGACUCAUUCCCUCUCCAUAUCUCCACAAUUCAGUUCCUGUUCCUCCUCCUCCCCAGUUUCCUAGUGUAUUACCACCUGAUAUUUAUAGUUCAAAAAAUCUCUUCCAAACCUAGGGUUUUGGGGGUGGGGGGGAGAGAGAGACAAGUUAGCUAAGAAAUUUAAUUAUUUUGUAAGAAAACAUAAGGUCAGUAAUUGUUCUCAUUUGAUUAUCAUGAGGGAUGCGAAUUUGGAUUUAUUUGACCCAAGGACGGCUGUGAUGGACAGCUCCGUUUACUCUCCCACCAGCAGCAGCCGCGACCCGGAUUUUGGGUUCGCUUUCAACGACAGCAAUUUUUCCGACCGGAUUCUCCGGAUCGAGGUCUUGGCCGACGAUUCACCCGAUUCUUUUUCCUCCGCCGCCGCCUGCCAGAGUCUUGCCGAUUGGGCUCGCUAUCGUAAGCGCCCUAGAGAAGACAUCAAAAGGCAAAAUGACAUGUGCCACUCAUUUGCAGCUUUGGAUAUCACCGUGUGUCCUGAGGAGCAGGUUCUUAACUGUGAUGAGCCUGAUACUGACGAUGUAAUACGAGGCGAAAAUCAGGAUGAAGAAGAAUUUGCAAUGAUUGAAGAAUCACCCUCAGGAGAUGAGGCUGCAAAUAGUGAUGAUUCAAGUUGUGACAUGGACUCUUCAAGAAUUUUAAGAGUUAAGACACUGCAUAUUAGCUCGCCCAUUUUGGCUGCUAAAAGCCCUUUUUUCUAUAAGCUCUUUUCGAAUGGGAUGAGGGAGUCGGAGCAGAGACAUGUAACCCUGCGAAUUAAUGCCUCAGAGGAAGCUGCCCUUAUGGAGCUCCUGAAUUUCAUGUAUAGCAAUAGCUUAAGUACAACCACAGCACCUGCUUUGCUGGAUGUGCUGAUGGCCGCCGACAAAUUUGAAGUUGCGUCAUGUAUGAGGUAUUGUGGCCGUCUUUUGCGUAAUUUGCCGAUGACACCGGAAUCUGCAUUGCUAUAUCUGGAGCUUCCAUCUAGUGUCUUGAUGGCUGAAGCAGUACAGCCCUUGACUGAUGCAGCAAAACAGUUCUUAGCUAUUCGCUACAAAGAUAUAACAAAGUUUCAAGAUGAUGUUAUGAACUUGCCUCUGGCUGGAAUUGAGGCAAUUUUGGCCAGUGAUGAUCUCCAGGUGGCAUCAGAGGAUGCUGUUUAUGACUUUGUAUUGAAGUGGGCUAGAGCUCAUUAUCCCAAGCUAGAGGAGCGGCAGGAAAUUGUUGGCUCUCGUCUUAGCCGCUACAUCCGCUUCCCUUACAUGACCUGCCGAAAGCUUAGGAAGGUUCUGAAUUGCUAUGACUUUGAGCAUGAACUUGCUUCCAAGUUUGUUCUUGAGGCCCUCUUUUUUAAGGCUGAGGCACCACAUCGCCAGCGCAUUCAGGCAGCAGAGGAUUCCGCCUCAAGUAAUCGUCGUUAUGUGGAGCGGGCUUACAAGUACCGUCCUGUAAAGUUGGUUGAGUUUGAACUUCCCCGCCAGCAGUGUGUUGUCUACUUGGAUCUUAAGCGGGAGGAGUGCGCGAACUUGUUUCCUUCUGGUCGAGUAUAUUCACAGGCAUUUCACUUGGGUGGGCAAGGUUUUUUUCUAUCUGCACACUGCAACAUGGAUCAACAGAGUUCUUUCCAUUGUUUUGGUCUGUUUCUGGGGAUGCAAGAAAAAGGUUCAGUGACAUUCGCUGUAGAUUAUGAAUUUUCUGCAAGAUUAAAACCAACAGAGGAGUACAUGAGCAAAUAUAAGGGUAAUUACACUUUUACUGGGGGAAAAGCUGUUGGGUACCGGAAUUUAUUUGGUGUGCCAUGGACUUCUUUCAUGGCCGAAGACAGUCUCUAUUUUAUCAAUGGUAUACUCCAUCUUAGGGCUGAGCUUACCAUGAAGCGAUGACUCCUAAUCCUAUGCAUUCAAGAAAGAGCUGCACUUUUGCCUCUCAGGCCGAUCUAGACUUCAAUUAGUCAGGAUUGGAGAGGGCAAAGAAGAUUGUGCAAAGCUGGCACCACUAACAUUUCUCUGAAUCAGUUUUUGGAUGACAUUAUUGUAAGCACUCGUUAUGAGCCAAGCCAGGCUAUAGGUGAAGGUUGUAAAUGAUCUUUCUGGAACUGGGAAUGUCUCGUCUGACCUGUUAAGAACGCUUUUUAAGAAAUAUACAGGCUAACCGUGAAUUUUGUGAUUA